AUGGUCAAUGCUACUAGUGAAAGUGGUUGCUGUGAUGCGUCGUCGGAGAUAUCCACAUUGACUCCAGAAGAUGGAGCUAAAAAUGCUUCUGAUAAACCGGGUAGUUGUGGCCUUGAUAUUCCAACUGAUGCUGAAACUAAUGGGACUGAACUGCCUUCUCCUGUCGGCUCUGAUUGCUGGCGUAACCCAGUAAGUUCAAUGUUGUUUUUUUAUCUUAAUAGAUAUAUCUGGUGUAAAUGUGUUUUGAUACUACCCUAAUU